AUGAUUACAUAAUUUGAAGAAUAAAGUCUCUUAACAUCACCAACUACAAGCAAAAUUCUGUAAUUUACUUCGGAUAAUAUCUUAAUUUGUGGAUCAGGAAAUAGAUUGAUGGAGUAUAACCUUUAUAACAAUACUGUAAAGCCAAUAAUCUAAACCAGGUAUAAUGUAAAAUACUUCAGUGUUUACAAUCAACAAUAUUAUUCAAGCGUAGAUGAUUAAUUCAAUAUUCUAUGCAAUGGCAAACAUAUUAAAAGUAAAAACUAGCAAAUAAAAUAAAUAAAGCAUAGUCCUGAUGGAAAGAUGAUAGCAAUUGCUUAUCUCAAUAAAUUAAUUAUCUAUAAUUUAGAAAUGGAGAAGAUAAAAGUACAUUCCAAUAAGCAUAAAAUCAAUGGUAUUUGCUGGUCGCCAGAUAGUCGAUUUAUUUUAUCUUGGGGUGAUGAUAAUUCUGUCAUUAUUAAUAAUGUCUUUAAAUUGAGAUUAUACACUGAUAUUAUGUUGCAAGCUCAUAAAUUCAAAAUUGCUUCAGCAUUUUUCCUAGGGUCCAAUGUGUAAUACAUUAUAACCAUUGAUGUUCUAGGAAAAGUGUGCUUAUGGAAAUUUGUUACUGAUUAUGUUACUGAAUAAUACGAAGCCAGAUAAAAAUUCCAAAAAACAAAAGCUUAACAUCAUUUAGGAGUUGAAAAUGAUUAGUCUGAAUAUUCAACAGACGAAUUGUUAUACAUGAGUGAUUUUGAGAAGAAUGUUCAUAAAGGUAGAUUCAUUUUGGAAAAGAAAAUAAAUAUAAAAGAGAAAUUGGUAAAGCAUUUCGCUGCAAUUAAAUCAGUUGCAUAUCAUACAUCAAAUAUUAUGAUUAUUGGGAUGAAAAACGGAGUUUUGACUUUAUUUAAAAUAGAACCUUCUGAGGAUCCUUUCUUAAUUUAAAUAUAAAGCUUCCAAAUAACAUAAACACAAAUUGAUAAUUUGGCGAUUAACAAAAAUGGAAACUGGAUUGCCUUAGGCAUGAGAAAUAGUGGAUAAUUGAUUGUUUGGGAAUGGAGAUCUUAAAGCUACAUUUUAAAUUAAUAAUCACUGAGUUAUGAAACUACUUGCUGUACAAUUAGUUAAGAUUUAACAACAAUUGCAGUUGGAACAUUAGGAGGAAUAAUUCGAUUGUAUGAUCAGACUUCGAAUUUCUGUAUUGCUAAAUUUAAUGAUUAACAUAGUUCUAAAGUCACAGGCAUCAAAUAUUGUCCUUCGAAACAAGGCGUCUUAAUCUCAUGUUCACUUGAUGGAACUGUUAGAGCCUAUGACACUAUUAGAUUAAAAUGUUUUAGAGUUAUGUAACCUGAAAUAUUGAAUUAAUUAUAAUGCUUAGAUGUAGAACCUUCUGGUGAUUUAAUCUGUGUAGGUGGAUUUGAUCCUUAUGAAAUAUAUGUAUUCAGUCUUUAAACUGGUUAAUUAGUAGAAGUCAUAUCUGGCCAUUAAGCUCCAAUCACAUCGAUCAAAUUCAUUUAAGCAGAAGAAAAGGUAUUAUUAAUCUCAGGUUCUUGGGAUAAAACUAUAAGGAUUCAUGAUUUAUAUGCAAGAGGAAUGAAGGAAGGAAGUGGCGGAGAUUCAAUGUUGCAUAAUAGUGAAGUUACUGCACUUGCUACUAGAACUAAUUAAAUUGCAGUAGCCACAAUGGGUGGUGAAUUGGUCAUUUGGGAUGUUAAUGAAAGCUUAAUCUUAUUCACUUUUGAUGUUCACCGAGAUGUCUAAGGAGGUAGAAUUUCAAAAGAAACUUUGGCAGCUUAAAAAAAUUAGAAUUUAAAAUAUUUUGUUACAAUUGAGUUCUCAAAAGAUGGGUAAUACUUAAUCGGAGGAGGCAAUAGCAAAUUUAUUUGUCUUUACGAUAUGAAAUAUAGAAUAUUGAUAAGGAGAUUUAUCAUUUCAAACAAUUAUUCCCUUGAUGGAAUGAAAUUGAAAGUGAACUAUAAAACUAUAGAUCAAGAGAACAAAAAUAUUGAAGAAUCAGAUGAUGAAAGAUAGAAAGACAACUUACCAGGUGCUAAGACUUUUGACGUUUCAAAAAGGAGUAGCAAAAGAGUUCCUGUUUCAGUAUUUAAUCUACAAUUUACAGAAUCUAAUAGGGAAUUUGUUGUGUCUUCAAGUGAAGGGGUUUCAAUUUUUGGAUCUGCAAAAAGAAGAUAAUAUUUCGAUCCUUUAGAUAUAGAUGAAACUGUGUCUUUGGAAGAAAUUCAGAAAUAAAUCAAUUAAUAAAAUUAUACUGAGGCAUUAAUUUUAAGUCUUAAAUUAAAUGAAGCCAGCAUAUUAGAUCAAGUCUUUAAUUCAAUUCCAGUGGAUUUUAUAAUAAAUACUGUUCCAGCAAUUCCAGAAUCUUUGAUUGUUAGGUUGUUAGAAACCAUAAUAAGAUCGAUGUAAAUUCAUAGACCAGUUGAAUCUUGUCUGAUUUGGAUUAAAUAAAUUUUGAUAGACUUUGCUCCAUUGAUUAAAGGAUCCACUGCAAACAAAAAAGUUCAAAAUAUGCUGUAAGAAGUCUUAAAAUAAGUUAGACUUGAUUUUAAUAGAAUCAAGAAUCCGAUUAGAAAAUGUGUCAAUAUCUUAGAAUAUUUAUCAAGCUGA